AUGGCUUCCUCAUCGAGCAGCGGCUUAACCUUCAAGCUCCAUCCACUCGUGAUCGUAAACAUCUCCGAUCACUACACGAGAGUCAAGUCUCAGAUGAACCCUACACUCGCUCCUCACAGCAACACUACCAACAACGGCGGUGACGGCGUUGUUUCCUCCGUUCCACCGCGUGUAUUCGGCUGUGUAAUCGGUGUUCAGAAAGGUCGCACCGUUGAAAUCUUCAACAGCUUUGAACUACUGUAUGAUCCGUCUACUCAUUCUCUUGAUCGUCCUUUCCUCGAGAAGAAGCAAGAGCUCUAUAAGAAGGUUUUUCCACACUUCUACAUACUGGGAUGGUAUUCAACUGGGAGUGAUGCAGAGGAAUCUGAUAUGCAUAUUCACAAAGCUUUGAUGGACAUCAAUGAAAGUCCAGUUUAUGUUCUUCUAAACCCUGCGAUCAAUCAUUCUCAGAAGGAUCUCCCUGUCGGUAUAUUUGAAAGUGAAUUGCAUGUCAUAGAUGGGAUUCCACAACUUAUCUUUGUUCGGUCAAGCUAUACUAUUGAGACUGUUGAAGCAGAACGGAUCUCAGUUGAUCAUGUUGCUCAUCUAAAGCCAUCUGAUGGUGGUUCAGCCGCUACACAAUUGGCUGCUAACCUUACUGGUAUACACAGCGCCAUCAAAAUGCUUCAUAGCAGAAUAAAAGUGCUACAUCACUAUCUUCUUGCGAUGGAAAAAGGUGAUGUUCCUUGUGAGAAUUCACUAUUAAGGCAAGUGUCGAGUCUCCUGAGAAGAUUACCUGCUAUUGAAUCUGGGAAAUUUCAAGAUGAUUUCUUGAUGGAAUACAAUGACACCUUGUUGAUUAGUUACCUUGCCAUGCUGACCAACUGCUCAAGUGCAAUGAAUGAUUUGGUGGACAAGUUCGGUACUGCAUAUGAUAGACAUACCAGAAGAGGUGGACGAACCGCUUUCAUGUGA